AUGGGUAGGCAGAAUGGUGAUUCAACUAUGGUCAGCUCCUCCAUCGCCCUUCUGCAAGAAAGAUUUAGACAGCUUGAAAGAGUGAGAGAGAAGAGAGAAGAGAAAGAGCUGUUAAAACUGUUUGCUGAGUCUGAUCCUAUAGCUCCAUCAACGCGUUAUGACCGCAACAAGUCUCUCCAGCCAGAGACGAUGAUCCCACCUCUACAGGAUUCACUCUCUCUAGAACUUAACUCUUCAGGAAAGCGCCCUGAUUUUCCAGCCAUAACAUUCCCAUCCUCCUCAAACUUAUGGCCUAUGAGUUCAACCAGUCCAAGCACCUCAAGAAAUUUUGACAAUUCUGAUGUUGAUACUUCCCUUCAUCUGUAG